AUGCUGCUGCUGCUGCUGCUGCAGCAGCUGCUUUUGCGGCAGCAGCAGCAACAGCAGCAGCAGCAGCAACGGCAGAGGGGUCAAGAGUCGUUUGCAGCAGCAGUUGUAGCAGCAGCAGUAACUGCUGCAGCGGCAGCUGCCGAGGGAGCAGAGUCAUUGAUAGCAGCAGCAACAGCAGCAACAGCAGCAACAGCAGCAGAAGCAGCAGCUACUGCAGCAGCAGCAACAGCAGCAGCAGCAGCUACUGCACCAGCAACAGCAGCAGAAGCAGCAGCUGCUGCACCAGCAACAGCAGCAGAAGCAGCAGCUGCUGCAACAACAACAGCAGCAACAGCUUCUGCAGCAGCAACAGCAGCAGCACCAGCUACUGCAGCAGCAACAGCAGCAGCAGAAUUUGCUGCUGCUGCAGCAGCAGCAGCAGCAGCAGCAGCAGCAGAGGCAUCAAUCCAGCCAAUUAAACUUCUUCAAGACAAAAGAUAUUUUAAUUUUUACUUUUUAUUUUACAUCGCUUUAGUUUGA